AAGGGAGAUCCAUCGAUUUCUUAAACAAAUCAGCGUAUAUAUCUUAGGAGAUAUAAGGAAGAUCACAAAGAUGGGGAGGGCUCCUUGCUGCGACAAGGCGAGUGCGAAGAGAGGGCCGUGGUCUACUGAAGAAGACUCAAAGCUUAAGGACUACAUAGAGAAGUACGGCACUGGUGGGAAUUGGAUUGCUCUCCCCCAGAAAGCGGGUCUGAAAAGAUGCGGGAAGAGCUGCAGGUUGAGAUGGUUAAACUAUCUAAGGCCCAACAUUAAACAUGGUGAUUUCACUGAUGAGGAAGAUAGGAUUAUCUGCAGCCUGUUUGCCACCAUUGGAAGCAGAUGGUCAAUAAUAGCAGCUCAGUUACCCGGAAGAACUGACAAUGAUAUCAAGAACUACUGGAACACCAAGCUUAAAAAGAAAUUCAUCGCCAUGACUAUGACUUCUCAGUCCCAGAGAAAGCCACCACCGUUACCACCUUCUCAUCACACUCCAACUAUUUCGUUUUCUUCUCUGUACAAAGACUGCACUACUUAUUACACCCCAACCGGAUCUUUCACAGCCUUUGAACCAAUGUCAUCCGUUCAACCUGGUCUUUUGAACAAUGACGACACUAUCUUGGCUACCAAUUCUUCUUUAAGUCACACGCCGGAGAGUUUGGUGAGUUAUAUGCAGUACUGUUAUCCAGCGAAAGAAAAUUUUCUCAUGUUUGGAAGUGGAGAAGUAAGCUACAGUUCAUCUGACGGAAGCUCUGGCCAAAUCAGCUAUGGCAGAGAGAUCAAGCAAGAAGACAUAAAUAAUUUCCAGGGUUUUGGUGCCUCUAAUAGCUAUGAAGAUUUUCUUAAGUUCAUGUUGAGCCAUGCCUGCACCAAUACUGGAGGUGUAGAUGUUAACCAGUGGACUGAGAAGCCAAGUGGGUUUAAUUUAGACAAAGAUAUUCUUAACUUCAUUGAUGAAAACAAGACACAAGAGAAAGUCGUGUACUACAACUACUGAAUCCACUGACUGCAGUUGUAAUAUCAGAAAGAUUUGAUGGGGUAAGGGACAAAGGGGAGGGGCUUUGGAUUGAUGGAUUUGAUAGUGUGAGAUUCAAAACUUUGAGUUUCUGGGGUUUUGUGUAGGAUGAAGAAACAUUUCUACUUUUGACAGACAUGUAAGCUCUAAAGCUUUUU